CUUCUCUCUCUCUCUCUCUCUCUCUCCCUCGCAUCAAAACGCAUUCGCCCUUGGGAGAUCUUCCUCGGGGUUUUGGCUUCUCUCCUUAGCUUGUUUCUUUCGGCAAAGCGAUCACAAAAAAUGACGGGAGAAGCGGCGGCGGCGGCGGAAGUAGGGGAGAUCAGUAGUGUGUCGCUCGAUCUUCUCAAGACGAAAAUGGCGGAAUUCGCCAGGGAAAGGGAUUGGGAUCGUUUCCACAGCCCCAGGAACCUGCUCUUGGCUCUGGUUGGGGAAGUUGGGGAGCUAUCGGAGAUAUUCCAGUGGAAAGGAGAGGUGCCAAAGGGGCUCCCGGACUGGAAGGAAGAAGAAAAAGUUCAUCUCGGGGAGGAGCUCUCUGACGUGCUGCUCUAUCUUGUCAGGCUCUCUGAUAUCUGCGGGAUUGAUUUGGGCAAAGCUGCUCUCCGCAAGCUCCAACUUAAUGCCAUUAAGUACCCUGCUGCUGCUGCUGCUGCUGCUGCUGCUGCCACCACCAACCAUUACAGCAGCACUAAUAAUGGUGCCACCAAAACUGAAAAGGAGCAGCAGAAAGCAGCAGAAGCAGCAGUUCCGAAUUGAAUUCAUUUCAAGGAAUCCCCCACCCAAAAAAGCAGCCAAUAAACCAAAAAAUCCAAAGCAUAGCACUUUCAGUUUUGUGUUGAGUAUCAAGAGGGAAGAAAACCAAGGAACAUGCAGUCAGGAAGCUUUCAUGCUUAGCAAAUUAUCCUAUAUGUAUUAUGUAGGUGGAUUAGUGUCUUAGUUACUGCUAAUAUUAUUAUUAGUAUUGUAAGGCACACGUGAUACGUGGUAGCUGCUGGUCUCAUGAACCCGUAUAAUAUAAUAUAUAUGUAUGUUCUUCUUCCUGCAUAGAAAGUAUCCCGAUCGAUGUUUUAAAGGAAUGGGCUUUCACUUGCUGUUUUCUUUCUCGUUCAUCGCAUCUAAUGAGGGUACCAUUGACAAGGAAGAAAAGAAUAUAGUAG